GUUUACUCAAGGCUAGGCAAGUAUCAUUAUCAAACAGAUUCCGCUGGGCUAUCACGCGAAGUUCCACCAGGCGGGGCUUGGUCCCGACCGACGUCUAGGGACGUACUCUCCUGUGCUUGGACAUUAAUAACUCGACGUGUCUUCUCUCAACAGGCCAAGGCAAGCACGUCUACACGCGUUUCCAGCGUGGUCUGUUAUCGCAGACGUAGUAAUCUCGGCACGUUGGUUUCAUAGAUAGAAAAGGGUACCUUGCACGUUGGCCCAACACGGUAUGUGAGUGAUCCCCGACCAAAGGAAGAAAGCAUCUCCUGUAAUUUAUCUUCGUGCGGAACUCCGGCAGGUUAAGCCAGGUCUUCUUCACAGGAGUGUUCAGGGCCGACGAAGCGCAUCGGUAUUCCAGGUGAUUACAGCGCUACUAUCCCUUCUGCGUAUCCUCGGACAAUCGUUUUGGAGGGAUCAGGACGUAAGCAGGCAACUCGAUCCGUAUGCCCUUGGUGUAACAUAAAUCGAAUGUCCUCAAAGUUCAUCACUUCAAGCCCAUCUGCUUCUAUUAUCCUGCACAAUGGUGCGAUAGGGUUCUUAAUGGAUACCUCCGGCUCGCAAUUUCUCGUCAUUUUUAUUCCCAUUAGCACGGGCUCUCUUCCGUUCAAUGCAUGCUAUGCUUUCAAUGUGAUUGCUUCCGAGGUCGCGCCAGCCUUCGAUACCGGACAAAGUUCUCCGUUCCUUCUCCCUUCUCUUCUUGUACCUCGAUUGAACGAAGAACUCUCAAACUUCUAGAUCAGCAGCCUAUGAAAUAAGGCAUCGUCACGGAAGCAAUCCGAUAUGCUCGAAUCUGACCCGGCUCCGCACUUUUUGCGUUGCUCUCCUUCAACGAUCGAACUAAGUUGGUACCAAGCGUGUCCCUUUCUCCUUGGGACCUACAGCAAUCUCUUCUUGCUCUUGGCGAAUGGCUUCUCAACUCCGAGGAGUUCGACCGCGAUUACAAUGCUUCGCUAUGGCUUGGCUGUCAGCUCAGACUGACUCUAUAAUCUUGUUCAAUAAAAAACGGAGGUGUCGGCCCCCUUUUCGACCGUCUUCAUCAUCAUGUUCCUGUGAAUUGCGACUAUGCCGCCCUUUGCUAGCCUUCUUCAAUUUGAAUCAGGUUCUUUAUUCCUUUCCGGGUCGUCCUAGAGUUCGGAUAAACGCGUUUGAAUGGUUCGGUUCUUCGGGACAUCCAGAGCGGUAUUGUUGUUCGUACUGUGCGCCAUCGCACCAGAGUUAUACGCUAUUCCCGUCGUGCCAUUACGCUCCAGACUGUCAUACUCGGUUUCAUUCCAUUCAGUACCUGACUUCUAGUGGCGCCUCUAUCCAUACAUGACAUCAAGUUCCUGUUCGCAUUCGAAUCGUUCCCGUUUGUCUCGGGCAUGUCGGUUAUGCAAGUGGAUUCGAACUAUAACUUGAUAUGUAUCCCGAGAAUCGAUUUGAACAUGAAACAUUCGUGUUAUGAGCGGAACUCUGUUUCUUUUACUGGAGCACUCUGCAUAAAAGCGAUCAACGUCCCGCACUUCUAUUAACGAACACGUUGAUAUGUAGCAUGUGGUGGGUUCAAGCCACUUGCACGUUGCUUUAUGAAAUGACAUUUUCCAACGGUUCAGGUGACGCAGCUUCGGUAGUCGGAACAAGAGUCACUGUGUCGGUUGCUUUUUUAAAAAAGCGGCUCCAUAGACCUUUCUGACUCUUUUCCAAAGAUGCAUUUUGAUGCUGCAAAUAAAGAUCACGCGCGAGAAAUCAUGACAAAGUAAUCGUCGGCAUCUAACUGGUACGCGUCAUCCCGUGUGCGUGCCAAGCGAGUUAAUUACCGCCUUACAAGCGUCCGGCCCGCCCCUCUCUCCUUAAUGGCGCACUAUUUUUGUUCCGACCCAACCGACGCGAAUCAAUUUAAGCCGGUAAUAAUUUGCAUUCAUCGAGUCAACAUCAACUUAUGGAAGAGCGACCACAAGGACAAUACGCCACAACAUAUCGGCGGACCAUUCUUCCUGGAUCCGGCGAUAUAAUGGCGAUAUGUACGCGCCAUUGAUGUACUUUCUGACUUCUCGUCGCGCCGACGCAGAACCCUUUCAUGCAAGGGCGGAGAAAUCCGCACUCGAAACAGUGAGCGCAGAUACGGAAUCCGAUGAUUAAAUCGUUGCGACACAGCAUCGAACCUAACGUAAUGGAUUGACGUAGCCCGUCCACCUUUUGCAUGCGUGCUGAGCCUUGACAUCUCAUUCAAACGCAACAGCGAGACGCAUCGCACUACAAGCAAUCAACGACUUAGGGUUCUUCAGUAUCAGUAUAGCCCAUCUUCCCGCUCCACUGCAAGUGGUAACAGAUAAAUGUCGCCCAGAUAUAAUCUUGCUGAUAUGAACGUGGUGAGGACGCUCAGGAACCUAAAUAUGAUAACGGACCACAUAGCACGCUCCUAUCGCAUUUAGUCGGCACCGCACUCAUCUUCAGAUACAUGUACAAAUAUAAUGACUGUAUCGUUUGCAGCGAGACAACGGAGGCAUGAGAGAAUUUAAGUUGAACAGAUUUUCCUCGGCCGAUUCACUACAUAGCGGUUCCGAUAAUCCAAAAAUGUCAAGUAUCACUUCUUGUCAUAAUCCCAUUUGCUCUGGAUUCAUUCACGACAUUUAAAUACUCUCCGAUCUACUCGGUGGAGG